CUCCAAACAACAUCACAUGCCAUUGUCCAAUUCCACUUCCUAUAUAUAUAUAUACACACAAUUCAAUCAUACAUCAUCAUCCUAACAAAAUAAUAAAAAAUACAAGUAUGGUUGUUGUUAUUAGUGCAAAGAGGCUUAUACAAAUGGCAAGGAAGUGGCAGAAAAUCGCAACAUCUAAGCGCAAGACAAUUUCAUACCAAAGAAGAAACCAAGAUGAUUGUUAUUAUUAUUCAUCGGCGGCGGCGACGACGACCACGACAAACAAGGGUCACUUUGUAGUUUAUAGUUUGGAUGAUAAGAGAUUUGUGGUUCCAUUGAAGUACCUUAGCACGAAUGUGUUUAGGGAACUUCUUAAGUUGUCGGAGGAAGAGUUUGGGUUACCUUCGAACGGUCCAAUUAGGUUACCAUUUGAUGGGGUUUUCUUGGACUAUGUCAUGUCUUUGUUGUUUCUUCAACAACGUAAUGUUCCUCAAGAUGUUGAGAAGGCAUUGAUUACUUCAAUGGCUGCUUGUCACAGCCAAGCUUCUUCUUCUCAUCAUGAUUAUUGUUAUUAUGAUCUUAGGCAAAGCCAUGAACAAACUAUUAUCUAUGGCUUUUAAUUUUAUGUAUCACCUAUAUAUAUGUAUCUUAUAAGAUAACAUUAUUACAAAUAAUUCUUUGGUUCUCAAGA